AUGGCUCCGAUCACUCCGUUUACCAUCGAUAUCCCCGAUGAGCAUAUCGACCAGCUCCACCAGAAACUCCAGCAUGUCUCCUUCCCUGAUGAGUUAGACGACGCAGGAUGGGAAAUGGGUGUCCCAUUGUCAACAAUGAAGCGACUCAUCACCACUUGGCGCGAGAAAUUCGACUGGCGAGCCCAGGAAAAGAAGCUAAAUGAGCAACUCAAACAAUUCACCGUUCCUGUUGCAGUCGAUGGGUUCGGCGACUUGGAUAUCCAUGUUGUCCAUCAUCGAUCUGAAAAUUCACGUGCAGUUCCCUUACUAUUCAUCCAUGGAUAUGAUUUACUUACUGAUAUACUUCUCAAUACAGGGCCGGGAAAUUUCCUCGAAGCUACGAAGUUGAUUCCAUUACUCACCCAAAGUGAGGACUCGGAAGGAGUGUCUUUCGAUGUGAUAGCGCCCUCGCUUCCAAACUUUGGGUUCUCACAAGGAAUUAAAAAGAGAGGGUUCGGCCUUGCCCAAUACGCCGAAACCAUGCACAAAGUGAUACUAGCACUUGGAUACGAAAAAUAUGUCAUCCAAGGAGGAGACUGGGGUAGUAUAAUUGCCCGAAUAAUGGCAGUCUACUACGCUGAGCACGUCCAAGCCGUUCAUCUAAACUUCGUUCCAGUACUUCCACCAUACCCUUGGCGCAAUCCACUUCUCUUCCUUUCAUCACUCAUUAGCGUACCAUUCUCGGCGAAACACCGCGGUUACAUAUCCCGUUCGCUGGGAUACAAAUCUAUCGGUAAUGCCUAUUACAAGCAGCAGGCAAGUCGACCCCAGACACUGGGCUACGGACUCCACGAUAGCCCCGCUGCGUUACUGGCGUGGAUAUACGAUAAGUUACACUCAUGGUCAGAUAACUAUGCGUGGACAGAUGAGGAGAUCUUGACGUGGGUUAGUAUUUACUAUUUCUCACGUGCAGGACCUAUGGCUUCGACUCGGAUUUACUAUGAGGCUUCAGGGCAGAAACCCGAUGAUGUGGAGAGGUGGAUGUCGUUGGACCAGUCUUUUACAGCUCGUGCCCCUGAUAAUGUGCGCUUUGCAGUUGCGCAAUUUAAAGAAGAAGUGAUGAUGUGGCCAAUGGCUUGGUAUCGGGUCAUUGGGAAUGUAGUCAAGGAGAAGGAGUUUGAUCGUGGUGGUCAUUUUGCAGCAUGGGAGGAACCCGAGCUGUUGGCGGGAGAUUUGAAGGAAUUCUUAGGGAAAGGUGGAGCGGCAUAUGCUGUGAUAGAAGGGAAAGAUGGAUACUGA